AUGAACCUGGGAGAUGUAAAAGAAGAUUGGAGGGUUUCCCAUGAUAAGAAGCCUCUCUCAGUUGACGAUGAAAAGCUCUUGCGCCAAGCUAUUUGUGCUGGUUGGACGGAUAGGGUUGCCACACGCAUUGGCUCAUCCAAAUCAGGAGAUAGAAAAGUUCGUGCAGUUGGGUAUGAAGCCUGCAUGGUUGAAGAAACCGUGUACCUCGACCACAGGUCAUCUGUUUCUAAUCCAGCCCCUGAGUUAAUACAGACAAUCUCAGGACCACCAUUAAUGCACGGCGUUUCUUGUGUCGAACCAGAAUGGCUUGUUGAGUAUGCUCCAUCUUUCUGCACUUCCUCUGCACAUAUUGAACCAUACUGUUACUUGAGUAUCCAAGCCUAA